AUGUCGGAGCUUUGCGAAGCGGAGGACGACGAGGAGUCUGAUCUGAUCCUGCCGCCUCGCUUCGCACGGCGCAUCUGGCUCGUCUCGUGGCUCGCGCUCAGCUCGGGCUCCGCCGCGAUUGCCAACGGCCGGCGCGACUGCGCGGCGCUGAGCGUGCUCGUGCUGGCCACCUCGCUCAACUACUGGCGGCGGCCGACGCACGGCCCGCGCCGCACCGUCGACAUGGCGGCCGCCGCCGGAUCGCUCAUUUACCAGGUCGCUGCGGUCGCACCAUUCUCUCACUGCCCGAUCGCGGCCGGAGCCUACCUCGCCUCUGUCGCGGCGGGCGCAGGAUGCUACGCGCGCGCGCGCCUCCUCUCACGCCGCCACGGCGAUCGCGACUCGUCCAGCUGGUGGCACGUCGGGCUCCACCUGUGCGGUAACGCGGGCAACGUGCUGCUGUACGACGCGGUCGGGCGCAACCUCGUCGGGUGGCGGCGGCGGUAG